UCGUUUUUCCAAAGAAGCAAAAAGCCCUUCUUCUUCGACACUGACGGACGGACUGAAGAAAAGACUCAUACUCAUCAUCAUCAUCGUCGUCCUCGUUCGGUUUAUGGUCGCGUUUCGAACGGUAGUUUUUUGGAAAAAAUCUGGUGGAAAACUGUGAUUGAAAAGGGGUCUGUAGAUCGCCCCCUGAAGUGGUUUCUCUGGUGGAAAAAGUGCGACCAGGAUUGUGCCGUGGAUGUGGAAAUUUUUCGGUUCACACCGAAGUGAGUGUGUCCAGCCAAGGAUGAGCCUCCGGAUGUAGGAGAAUAGUUCCAGACGGCACACAGGACAGGUGUAGAGAGCGCUCCAUCAUAUAGAGUUAUCCAUGUGAAGAAAAUUUUCGCACGCCUAGGGAUCAACAUCAAUAUCAGCAACACUAGGAGCAGUAGCGCAAAGUAUUGGGUAAAGUGCUACACACGACACGACACGGCACCCCUUUUGAGUGCGAGAGCGAGACGGCACGAGAACGUGAUACCGGGUGGAAGCGUGACACGCACGGAACGUGUUACAGACGGACAGACGAACAGACGGACGCAUACAAUACGGCGGCGGCUCUUUUUCUUCUCAGGGUGUGGUGGUAUGGUAUCCUAAGGUCGCUCGGUGGUGAACCGGUUUUCAGCAGUCACGGAAACACAUAGACGGAACGAUUUGUAUGAGCGAGAUUGGAAUAAUCGGAAGAAUAAUUAUCACGAAGUGUGUAAAAGUGAUUGCAGUCGAACAGACAUAGGCGAAUAUAAUACGGAACCCUGUAGAGCCUCAUUGCGGAUCCUUAUAGUGAGUAGUGCUAAGGUGUUCAUUACCAUUUAAAUCCAAACCCACAAACUGUAAUUACUGAUAGUCACACGAUCACGAAAGCUCUGUAUUGAACUGAAGUGUGAGAUUUGAGGUAGGAUACGCAUAAAACAAUACCCACAAAAUGAACGAGCUGGAAGCCCUUAGACAGGAAGCGGAAACGCUUAAAAACGCCAUCCGUGAUGCUCGAAAGGCGGCCUGCGACACAUCUUUAGUCCAGGCAACGAACAGCUUGGAACCGAUAGGUAGAAUACAGAUGCGGACCAGACGUACCCUACGGGGCCAUUUAGCUAAAAUCUACGCCAUGCACUGGGGAUGUGACUCUAGGAACUUGGUAUCCGCCUCGCAGGACGGUAAACUGAUCGUUUGGGACUCUCAUACGACGAACAAGGUCCAUGCGAUCCCGUUGCGAUCGUCCUGGGUCAUGACCUGUGCGUACGCGCCUUCCGGCAAUUUCGUGGCCUGCGGAGGACUGGACAAUAUCUGCUCGAUCUACAAUCUGAAAACGAGAGAGGGGAACGUACGGGUGUCACGAGAAUUGCCCGGCCACACUGGGUACCUAUCGUGCUGUCGAUUCCUAGAUGAUACUCAAAUCGUCACCAGCUCAGGGGACAUGUCCUGUGGGCUGUGGGACAUCGAAACCGGUCAGCAGUGCACAUCGUUCCUCGGACAUACCGGCGACGUUAUGGCACUGUCCCUUUCGCCGCAAUGCCGCGUGUUUGUCUCCGGUGCGUGCGACGCUUCCGCCAAACUGUGGGAUAUCCGAGAGGGACAGUGUAAGCAAACGUUCCCGGGACACGAAAGCGAUAUCAACGCCGUCACAUUCUUCCCGAAUGGGCACGCGUUUGCGACCGGUUCCGAUGAUGCCACCUGUCGGCUGUUCGAUAUACGGGCCGAUCAGGAACUGGCCAUGUACUCCCACGAUAACAUCAUCUGCGGUAUUACCUCGGUAGCGUUCUCCAAAUCGGGCCGGCUUCUCCUGGCCGGUUACGACGACUUUAACUGCAACGUGUGGGACACACUGAAAGCGGAACGGGCCGGCAUCCUCGCAGGCCACGAUAAUCGCGUUUCCUGUUUAGGCGUUACGGAAAACGGAAUGGCCGUCGCCACCGGGUCAUGGGACUCAUUCCUGCGGGUAUGGAACUAAGCUGUGUAGGCAUUUUUUAAAAAUAAUUAUAACUUAACUAUACUGUAACGAGAAUCACAUUUUUAUAUAACAAGAAAAAAACCCUAAUCGUAAGCAACCAAAAGGAACCACAAAAUUCACAAAUAGCAAAAAAUGAAACUCUAGAGAGGAAUAUUAAAUUACCAAAGCGAAAAGUAUAAAUUCAUCUAAGAAAUAUUUAAAACCAAAUGUAACUUUGUAUAGUAAGAUAUAUUUUGGAUUCGUUGUCUCUUUGCGUACAAAUUUAGAGCUCUCGGUUCAAAACUCGAGAUUUGUUGUUCCGUCGUCUUUAAGCCGCUUCCUUUCUCAUUAUGUCCGGAAACUAACCAACAACCGAAAACAAAAAGGAUGAAUAAAUUCCUUCUAGUCACUUUAAUUUCGAUCAAUUGCACUGAAAUAUUUAUUCGACAUUAUUAUUUUUGAAACUCGCCCAUGCUUAACAGAUAUAACACACAAAUACCGAAUCGUGCAUAGUUAUUAGAUUGAUAGGGAAUCCCAUGUAUCAUAUUUUAUCAUUUUUAAGCAAGUCUGUUCGAUGCGAAAAUUAUAUGGGAACAAUCGCCGAAAAAAUAAGAAAAUUUGUUUCAGUGUGUAACGCUUGCUACAUUCAGUGACAAAAGUUAGUAACCAAAUGCAGUUUUUUCAUACAAAAUUCCCAAGUUUUGGGAUCUGUAUCUUAGAUUAUGGUAGUUUGAAUUGGCUGAUUUUCGAAUGACGAAUUACAAAUAACCUGAAGUUUUGUAUGUAGUAUAUUUAUUGUAUUCAUUGAACUUCAGUCAUUUAUAACAAAAGUUUCAGAAGGUGGUUUAAGUAAGUUGUGUGUUAGUUUGUUCGACAAAGUUUUUCACUUUCAGAAGUAGUGUGAGCUUGCAGAAUACCCACCCACUUACAAUUUAUCGUUUUUUAAUUAAAUU